AUUUCACCUUUAGCUCGAAUAUAGGGCACCGGAAGAUCAUACGAAAAUGGCUGCUUUGUACAUAUUAUUCAUUAUAAUGAUCUUGUACUUCGCCUUUUCGGUUUUGAAAAGAUGGCAGAAAGAGAAGAGAUUUCCUGGUCCCCCGGGUAAACCUGUUCUUGGUGUGUUGUUUGAUUUGGAAUUGGAGAAACUCUAUGUUGUGCUCGAUAAAUGGAGUAAACAAUAUGGGGAUCUAUUUCAGUUCACAUGUCUAGGUAAAAAGUUUCUUGUCGUCAGCUCAUCGGAACUCGCUCGAGAUCUCUUUCUGAAAGAGCCUAAUGCAACUACGACGGCUGGUCGACCUCCGACGUUUAUUGGUCAAUAUUUUUAUCGAAAUAAUAGUGAUAUUGUUUUUGCUGAAUCGCCGGACCAAAAUUGGACAAAGAGGAGGAAGAUGAUGUACCAGACUUUAAAUGCCUACGGAGAGGGGCUUAUGGACAGAGAAAGACAAAUCACACAAAACUUGAUUACUAUGAAGAAUGAGAUCCAGUUGUUUAUCGGUCAAACUGUUGAUCCGAGCGAUAUUGUUGAAGAAUUUAUCCUGAACACCAUUGAAGAUUUACUGAUUGGACGAAGUUUCGGUAGACACGGUCAACUUCAAUCCUUGAUGAAGAGAUUCGAUCACGAUUUCAACGAAAUCACAAACAUGGGACAUGAUAUUGUGUACAGUGCACUUCCAUUUCUUCGGUUUUUACCGCUCCCACAUUCAACAAACGUUCAAAAUGUGUUGAAAAUGAAGGACCAGUUAAUGGACAUGUUAGACAGUAUGUCGAAAGAAGAAACAGGGGACAAAGGCGUAUAUCAAUUUCUAAAGAACAAAACCUUAGAACGAGAUCCAUCCGGACAUCAGUGGUUUACCGACCUCCAUCUUUGGUCCAUGAUCGUGGACCUAAUCGUGGCUGGCCACUUGACCACGAGAGGAACAUUACUCUCCAUGAUUCAUAUAUUGACAAAACGACCGGAUCUUCAGAAGUCCCUCCAAACAGAAAUCGACAAUGUGAUUGGUUUUGCCAGAAAACCAAAUUUGACGGACAGGCGGCACUGUGCAUUGGUGGAAUCGGUUACAAUGGAAACACUUCGAUUUAUAUCACAUUCUCCAAUUCUUCUCCAUGCUACAACAGAGAUGACAAAUAUCGCCGGUGUUCCUGUGGAUCAAAACACAAGUAUUGCCGUCAAUGCAUGGGCUAUCCAUCAUAGUGAUAAGGAAUGGAACGAGCCUUUCUCAUUUAAGCCUGAGAGAUUUCUACAGCCUGAUGGCAGCUUGAUGUCGUCUACUGAUCCUGUCAGAAAAAGGCUGCUUGCCUUCGGAAUCGGAAAACGAGGUUGUAUCGGCGAGGUGUUCGCAAAGUCCAGAAUUUUUCUCUUCUUGGCUACUCUUAUGCAGAGUUUCACAAUCUUGGAGCCUGAGGAUUGUGAACUUCCAGAUUUUCUGCCAAAGGAUAUGGAGCCGGGACUGCUUUUGCAACCAAAGCCGUACAAAGUUCGUUUCGUUCAAAGGGAGAAAUAGGUCAAAAGGAUUUAUUAGAUUUAUAUUUGACAAAAUGCUUUAGAUAUUAUUCACAAUUUUUGACUGCCAGAGAAAUAAUGGGAAGCUUACUGAUAUACAAUGUAUAACAUAAUCUAAUUUAACCCUUUUUCUAAUAAUCCGAAAUCCUGUACUCCAUCACUGGCAGUUACGACAAAGGAAGAAAAGAAUAACUUGAAAAGACCCUUUCUAUUCCAAGUAUUACCAAUAUGUAUAUGAAUAUUUGUUGUGGAUACAGGUAUAGGUUACCAAUAUUAAUUCAUCUACUACCAAAGAAAAUAGAUACAGGGAAAAUAUAGAAAUAUCAACUAACACAUGUAUAUACAGAUAUCCAUAUUCAUAAGAAGUUUACCGAUAACAAAUACAAAAAUAUACACAGUAUAUCUCUGUAAAUGAACUUUGUCAUACCUUUUUUGCCCUCUACAUUUUUAAUAUUUUCUUGAACCCUAUUGUUUAUCGAUAUAAGGAAUAGUAAAAUUUUGUAUUGAUAAAAUGAAUAUAGUGGUAAAUUUUGAAAUCAAUUACUGUUGUGCAUUGUAUAUAUAUAUAUAUAUAUAUAUAUAUAUAUAUAUAGCGAACUAAUAUUGGUAUUUUUUAGAUUUUGUAGUUUAUAGUUUGUCUAAUGUGAAGAAUCUGGUCAUGAUCAGUGUAAUAAAUGAUAAUCUGCUUGAUAAA